CCGCUGCCGCCGCCGCUCCUGUCGCUCCCAGCGCCCGCUCCCGCCGCUGUGAGCCGCCCGCAGCCGACGCUUGCGGGGCCGCGCUCCAUGGCGAACCCCAGCCCCUGCAUCGUGAUUGGCGAUGAUGAACAAGGUUACGACCUGGAUUUGUUCUGCAUACCUAAACACUAUGCAGAUGAUUUGGAAAAAGUCUAUAUUCCUCAUGGGCUCAUCAUGGACAGGACAGAGAGACUGGCACGAGAAAUUAUGAAAGGCAUGGGAGGACACCACAUUGUGGCACUCUGUGUACUCAAGGGUGGCUAUAAAUUUUUUGCCGAUUUAUUAGACUACAUCAAAGCCCUGAACAGAAACAGUGACAAAUCAAUCCCCAUGACAGUCGACUUCAUUAGGUUGAAGAGUUACUGUAAUGAUCAGUCAACUGGAGAUAUCAAAGUCAUUGGGGGAGAUGACCUUUCAACCUUGACUGGAAAGAAUGUUUUGAUUGUAGAAGACAUAAUUGAUACUGGUAAAACAAUGAAAACGUUGCUGUCUCUACUUAAACAGUACAAUCCAAAGAUGGUGAAAGUAGCCAGUUUGUUGGUGAAAAGAACUCCUCGAAGUGUGGGAUAUUGGCCGGAUUUUGUUGGAUUUGAAGUGCCAGACAAAUUUGUUGUGGGAUAUGCCCUAGAUUACAAUGAAUACUUUAGAGAUUUGAACCAUAUCUGUGUGAUCAGCGAGACAGGGAAGCAGAAGUACAAAGCAUGAAAGCAGAGUUCCAAGUGACAACAGAGCUUUGAAAUGUUUUGUUUACUGAGUCCUAUCUCUCACAGGCUUCAGCUCUGGUACACCAGCCACACUUGUAGACUGCCCCAGACCCAUUGCCAUAUGCUUACUGUAAUUUAUUGCAUGUACAAUAUAAGAGCUCAUCUUGUUCAUUUAUAUUUUAGAAAUGUAAACAAUUAGUGCAGUUCUGCACUCCUUAUUUUGAUUUGCACUAUGACUCUACCGACUAUCGCUGCCCCUGGUUGGGUUGUGCUGUUUGUGAGCUCCAGUCUAACUCCUGCAGUUGUAAAUUGCUUAAACCUCAUCAACCCAGAACUGAAAUAGUUCAAGUACUGUAAAUGUAAAACAUUUUAUGAUUUUACGAUAGGGAAGUCUAUUAGUACUAUUUUUAAAAUCUGUAAUUUAAGUUUUAUAUUUUAAUGCACACAUGUGAUUGUGAAUAAUGGUUAGUUGCACCUUUGGGUGUUACAAAGCAUGAGGAGCAGCUAGUUACAGUAUCUGUAAUCUCCAAGGGGCUCAUCCAAAUCUCCUGGAGUUGCCUUAUUACUGUAAAAAAGUCUGGGUGAAAAGUGGUUUUUUUCUUUUUUUUUAAAGAUGGAAUGACAAAACAGAAUGUUUAAAAUCUAGUUUUAGUUGAGCUGCCUAUUUCUGUUAGAUUUUUUUUUUUUUAAUAUUCAUCAGUCUGUGGAAUUGCCUUUUAAAUUUAAACAAUUUUAAUAUAUUUUUUGGGGAAAAAAAGUAUUUUAAUGUUUACUUUAUAAGAUCUACAAAGCAAAGUACUUUAAAUAAAGGCUGUCUCUUUAAAAUAAGCCCCACACAUCUAUGCUACUCAUUCUGUAUAAUAAAGUGCUCUUGAAAUUUUCUUCUCAAUAAUACUUUUGUAAGUGCUUGUGACAGUGAAGGCAGACUACAUUUGUUACCUUUGUAGAGCUUUUGGUUAAUGUAAUCCUGUCUAAGAGACAGAUGAUAAAAGUGCUAUGGGAAGAUAUUGAAACAAUUGCAUAUUCUCUAACCAAACCAAAUUCCAGAGAGAACAGUUGAAGCAACAGUCCUUUGUUCUGUCUUGACAAAAAAACAACACAAAAAACCACAACCAUUUUGUAAGCAAUUGUUGGGGAGGAUGAAGCCAGAAAGCCCUAUAAAUAUGAUUGCUUAGAUUCUGAGAAUGUGAAACCUGUAAGUGAGAUAGAAUUGAAAGUAAGUUUUGAUGUUUGAGAUGUCCUAGCUACUGGAUGUCUGGGAAAACAGUUACGUGACCAGCUAAAGGUUACCUGCAGCCAGACCCAAAGGUCAAAUGGAAUGUUCUGUCUCAACCCCCAAUGUAUGGUCCAUCCCACACAUGUAACCCUCCCCUGAAGUAUCAAGUAUCUGUAACCCCAUUGGCACAAGUCCUGUUCCAGCCCACCUUGAGACCCCUUAUCAGGGGGCUUCAAGGGUGGGCCGGUCUCUUGGCCCUCUUCCUCUUUGCCCUCUCCCCUUGCCUCUCUGCUCUUGGAAUUUCCUCUCCCUAUCUCUCCCUUCCCCCACCUUCCUAGGCCUUGCCACGAGCUGCAGUCUGGCAGCUCAGAGCAAGGCCUCAUAUCCCUUACAAUAAACCUCAUCUUCUAAAACCCAACUUCAGAGAUCUCUCGUCUACAUUCAUACACACUGUCCUGGAGUCCACAGCAGCAGCAGUGAAGCAAUUUCUACAAGCAAUCAUUUUGGUUUGUUUCAUUAGCACUUCUGUUCAUGUGGAGUCCAGUUCUGAACAUGGUAGCCCAGUUCACACCUGUUUGUGCUGUGCUUUUUGGUUCCUGUACUUCUGCAUGUGGAUUCUCCCACCACAUCCUUGGAUUUAAUGCUGCUCAGUGCCUAAUACACAAUGGAGUUUUUGAAGGAUUCUGUUUUGAAAGAUUUUUCUGUGGUUUUGAAGUUUGAGUCUGCACUUUUCCAAGAACUGCACGCUUCUGCCCAUCCAUGGCAUGCGCAGUUACAGCUGACCUAAUAUUAAUGAUGUUAAUAGCAGACCUAAAAUAUGAAUUCACACAAUGUAAUUCACAUCACAUGACCACAUUUUGGGAGAUCUAUUUGUAAAUUGGAAUUCUCUUUAACAAAUAUUAGAACACUGAUCAUAAUUAUACUGUAGGUUAUUCUUUCAAAGAGCUUUUCUUCCAAUGCUCUACAAAGUCUGAUUGUAUUUCUGGAUUUGUCCUAAAUCACCUUUGUGUACCUGCCUGUUCAAGAACCGGUGACUUGUUGCAAAAAUAUGCAGUGCAUCUCCAAGAAAAGGGAAUACUCUCUCUCGAGGUUUUCCAGUCAUGGUUAAGACAAUUACUCACAUGAUGUGAUUUGGUAAAGAGAGGAGGGGUUGAGUUAGUCAUAACAAGGGGUUUAUCUUUCAAACUGUAGCUGGACUGGGUAAUUCCCAGUCUCUUGGGGGCAGGGGUUGGAAUUGCAUGGACUGUGUUGUUGGGGAGGAGGAAGCCAAAAAACCCUAUAAAUAUGAUUGCCUAUAUUCUGAGAAUGAGAAACCUGUAGGUGAGAUAGAAUUGAAAGUAAGUUUUGAUGUUUGAGAUAUAUUAGAUACUGAAUGUCUGGAAAAACAGUUAUGUGACCAUCUGAAGGUUACCUGCAGCCAGACCCAGGUCAAAUGGAAUGUUCUGUCUCACCCCUCAAUGUAUGGUUCAUCCCACACCUGUACCCCUCCCCUGAAGUAUCAGGUAUCUGUAACCCCAUUGGCCCAAGCCUUGUUCCAGCCCACCUUGAAGACCCCUGAUAAGGGGUCCCAAGGGGGCUGGACGUUCUCUUUGCUCUUUGCUUGCACCCUUUCCCGAGGAUUUUCCUCUCUUGGAAUUUCCUCUCCCUACCUCUCCCUUCCCCCACCUUCCUAGGCCUUGCUACGAGCUGCAGUCUGGCAGCUCAGAGCAAGGCCUCACAUCCCUUACUGAGACAGAGAAAAUAAAGCAAGGGUGCCUGGCAAGAGCACACGAUAUUAACAGAGAACUCUUCUUUAAAAAGCACCAGUCUGUCACAUAUUAGUUUCAAGUCCCCCAGCAGAUCAAUCUUCUCUCUGGCCCCAGUGGACCUCUAAAUUCCUCCUUUAGGGCUCGGGUCACCGUUAUGCCCACCUGGUACUGAUUAUCUACGCAUUCUUUGGGCCCCAAAACGGAAACAUGAUAUAGGAGAUGGCCAAAGGAACAACAGAGCAUGCGCAAGGAGACAAGUUGAAAAGUUCAACUCAGAGGAUGACUAUGUGCUUCAUCCCCAAAGACCCCCGACGACCACCGGAGUGAUCAAUAAGGAGCAGUGCGCAGCCUCAAAUAGGCGUGGAACUAAUUUUAAUACGAAGCGGGGACAGGCGGGGUUAGGAAAUAAAUAUGUAUUAGGCGUAUCAUAUAACCCUAGUUUGUAGAGAUAAAAAGGGAGAAACAAAGCUCCCAGGUGUGCAUGUCUUUGAGGAGUUAUCCCCAUGCACCUCAGCGCUGAAUAAAUUCAUACCUACUCUCAUAACCACUCUGUGAGUGAUAGAGUCUUCUCUCCGCACAUCAUUACAAUAAACCUCAUCUUCUAAAACCUAACUUCAGAGAUCUCUCGUCUACAUUUAUCUACACCAUCCUGGAGUCCUCAGCAGCAGGAGGAAGCAAUUUCUACAAUUGGCACGCAACGUGGAAAACGCCUGACCCAGCCUUUCAAGCUGUGAGAGACUUCUCCAUGGACGGUAACUAAAUUACCAGUUGUACCCUAAUUGGUGUCGCGAGCACAGCAUAUCGCUGCUGGGCAGCGUGAGGCUGGAGCUCUUUAAAGUUGCCGAGGGCAAAACCUUGAGCACGAGGAUCGUUACUAAGUAGCGAACACUCGGAGCUCUGAGGAGGUUUUGUCUGGCAUCCCUCUAGCACAGACAGCUGCUGCUGAGCGGCGGCCACUGGAGCUCACGGAGGGACCUUUGCCAUGGUAAUUGCCACGUGCAUUGAGCGCACGUGGGCACUGCUUUGCACUGCCCGCACUGAAGCGCUGAGUGGAGAGGUUGGAGUCCCCGAGCACGGAAAAGCUGUUCCUGAGUAACGCCUGAAGCCGGAGCUCUGAGGGGGACCCCGUGCAGAGUCCUGAGAGCCGACUGGAGUGUCUGGCCAACCCCCACAUCAGAUCUCGAGUGAGGACCUGCUUCUGCGACAUCGAGGUGAGCUGCACUGGUGUAAAAAUGGGACAUUCCCACUUGUGAAAAGUGCAUAUUAUAUGGCUCUACGCAAGAUAUUUACUAUAUGUGUUAUGUUGUGCUAAUUGUUAAUGUGGUAUUAAUAUUUUGAUAGUAUAGUAAAUGUAGUUUUGUAGUUAAAAUGUAGUUUUUAUGUACCAACCACAGGGAAAUGUAAAUCUUUCAAAGAAGAAAGAAUUUACUGCUUUCUUAUCAGAAGAGACCAGCUCCUCCUGCUUCUCUCAGCCUGGUGGACGCCAUAGAGAUUAAAGGAAAAAAGUGAUACUAACCAGAGACAAUUCUUAGUUAGAAUGGAAUUUAUGCAUUAUGUAUAAAUUAUAUGAAUAUUCAACAGACUAUUGCUUUUAAGAGAUAAUUCUUUGUUAACAGGGGUCCUUCUUCAGAGCUUGUGGCUCAGGAGAGGCACCCAGACGUCUGUAACUUUGUUUUUAUUGUCUUGUAUUGUCCUAAC